AUGGAGCAGGUGAAAAUCCUUGCUCUGUACGACAACAACGACCUCGUGCUUCUGAACGCAGAAAACGAACGAUGCGAAAACAAAUUCGAGGCAACGGUGAAGGACGCAGAUAAGAAAAUCUGCCAACUGAAAAAUGGAAGCUUCCUCCUGUUGAGCGUGAAUAAAAAAGUGGUGUCCAAAUAUGUGUGCACGAAGAGUGCCCCCAUUUCAACUAAGCACAUGCGCGUACAGUUGAAUGUGAUAAGGCUAACAAACAAUGAAAAAAUAAUUAUCGGAGGAGACAAACUUGGCAACGUAUACGUGUGGUCUGCACUCUCAGGGUUAUUAUUGAAUUCCUUUCAAGCGCAUUACGGUAUAGUGAAGGAUAUAAUAAUUGAUCAGAUAGCCAACGUCCUGUACACGUAUAGUGAUGACAAUGUCGUUCAUGUAUACAAUUUACCUGACCUGUUCAGAAAAAAAAAAAUUAAUCCAUUGUUACGCUAUCAACACAGCAUAAAUGCAACAAUAACACAAAUUCUUUCGAUCACGCCAAAUGUAUAUGGCUCGUACUACUCCUUGAUGACCCUUACUACAAAUGGGACGCUACAUGUGUGGGGAUUGAAGUCGAAUGAACCAACUCACAUUUUGAAGACACAUUCUGAGAACUGUACAUACAUUUGCACGAAUGACCCUUUCAAUACGCAUUUAUAUCUGUGCAGAGAAAACAAAAUAUUUCGUAUUCCCUUCUCGCAAUUUGAUCAAAGGGAGGAAGAUUCUUCAGCUCAAGUGAGUCAGGGUGUAUACCAUGGAGAACGACGUGCGGAAGAAAAACUAUCUGCAUAUGGAGACUACGUUGAGGUAAAAAAUGGAGAACAAAAUGCAGAAAUUCAUCAGGUGCAGCGAAACACUUCCCGAAAAUGCGAGUCAAAAGUGAAUUUCCAAAACUGCACAACGUUCGUUGGACACAAAAGUCAAGUAAUAAAAUGCCACGUAAAUAACAAAAGGGAAAACAUGAUUUCCCUAGCGAGGGAUGGAAUAAAAAUAUGGGACCUCUUCAACUGCUACGCUGUGAAGACACUGAAAUAUGGAGAAAAUAUAAUUGAUUUUUUUAUUCCAUUUGUUGGUAAGCAGUCCAUAAAUACUUCCUCCUAUUUUAUGGAGUUCCCGCACCUGCUCCUUGAAUGUGAAAACGACGUGAAGGUACACAAGGUCGCUCCCGAUUUAUGCGAGGGUAGCAGUUACGAUGGCCCACUCGCAGAUAGAGAUGAAAAUUUACUUCUUCAAAUGGAAACCAUGUUCGCUGGGCUGGAAGAUUGA